AUGCCACUGGCCGGUCAUGGUUCUUCACCAACGCAGGAGGAAACUGACCGUUUUGUGCGACUUGUUCAAGGAUUCACAAGGGAUCAUCCAGGAGAAAUCGUUGGGGUCCACUGCACACAUGGUUUCAAUCGUACGGGGUUUCUCAUCGCUGCUUAUAUGGUCGUUGCCAAGAACGACCCUGUGGAAUCUACAAGCAAGGAUUACUUGGGAGAUCUUUUUGAACGAUACGGUGAUCCAGAUGAUUGUUUAGAGGCCCCAAAUAAACCAUCCUGGGAGUAUGGCGAUGGCCGUUGGCUACGAUGGUGA